UUUGCCCACACAGAUUUGUGGUUGUCAUGGCAACAGCAGAACUGUGCACUGCUGCUGCUGCUGUGUGUUUUGCACCCUGUGUGUACGUGUGUUUUUGUGUGUUUUGCAUGUGUGUUUGUGCGUGGCACGAGCCUCUCCAUACCCCCCCCCCAUACCUCCAUCAGCGCUGCAGCUCAGGCACGGGAGCCUUUGGGUGGGGGCGGGGCUUUUUUCGCUGCAGAGGGAUGCUCUGCAGCCCCAUGCUGGACCAACCACUCUGGAAAUCCCUGCUCACAGCUCUGACUCACUCAGCUCUCCUUGACCCAUCUGAGCCAAGCUGAACCACACAACCUGGGAACAUGUCCUCCAACCUGCCCCCUGGGACAACAGCCGGGGCCGCCGGAGCCAAAAACAAGCCCCUCUCCCCCUUCAGGAAGCGGGGCAGCCUGCAGUACACAGCCAGCACAGUUGAUCUCCGUGGUGCCCGCCACCUCCUCACUUCCCAGCAUUCCUUGCCUGGGAUCCCUGUGGCCUUGAAACAAUCCAUUGACUUGCGUACAUCCAUGGACGGGAAGUACAAGGAGAUUGCAGAAGAGCUGUUCUCCCGCAGCCUGGCAGAGAGUGAGAUGCGCAGCGCCCCCUAUGAAUUUCCAGAGGAUAGCCCCAUCGAACAGCUGGAGGAGAGACGUCAGCGCCUUGAGCGGCAGAUCAGCCAGGAUGUCAAGUUUGAGCCUGACAUCCUCCUGCGAGCCAAACAGGAGUUCAUGAAGACUGACAGUGCCACUGAUCUCGAAUACAUGAAGGAGCAGAGCCAAGCUCCUGACCUGCAGGAGAGAGAGCCGGUCCCAGAGCGAGAGUACCAGAGAGUCACUAUUUCUGGAGAGGAGAAAUGUGGGGUUCCCUUCACAGACCUGUUGGAUGCUGCCAAAUGCGUGGUGAAGGCUCUGUUCAUCAGACAGAAGUACAUGGGUCUGUCGCUGCAGAGCUUCUGCAGGACCACCUCUCGUUACCUGCAGGAGCUGAGUGAGAGACCCCUGGACCUGGAUCUUUACGAGGAGGAGAUCCCAGAGACCACAGGGACUGCAGAUGCCACAGUGCACCCGCCUGUCUCUCAAACGCACCCGUACGAGAACCAGGACCCUGCCAGCAUGCCCCCUGACAUGGGUUACGGCUGCAAGAUGGUGGAUGGUGUCAUGCAUGUGUACACAACAAGGAGCAUUAUGGAGAAGAGCACAGAGCUGGACCUGCCAUAUCCAGACCUGCAGGAGUACAUCGCUGAUAUGAACGUCAUGAUGGCCCUCAUCAUCAACGGCCCAGUAAAGUCCUUCUGCUACCGUCGUCUGCAGUAUCUGAGCUCCAAGUUCCAGAUGCACAUCCUGCUGAAUGAGAUGAAAGAGCUGGCGGCGCAGAAGAAAGUCCCACAUCGAGACUUUUACAAUAUCCGUAAGGUUGACACACAUAUCCACGCCUCGUCCUGUAUGAACCAGAAGCACCUACUGCGUUUUAUCAAAAGGGCCAUGAAGAAGUAUCCUAAGGAGAUUGUUCAUGUGGAAAGAGGCAACGGUCAGACGCUCAUGGAGGUGUUUGAGAGCAUGAACCUGACAGCCUUUGACCUGAGUGUGGACACCCUGGACAUGCACGCAGACCGUAACACUUUCCAUCGAUUUGAUAAGUUCAAUGCCAAAUACAAUCCCAUCGGCGAGUCCAUCCUGAGAGAGAUCUUCAUCAAGACGGACAACCACAUCGAGGGGAAGUACUUUGGUCACAUCAUCAAGGAGGUGAUGGCCGACCUGGAGGAGAGCAAGUACCAGAAUGUGGAGCUCAGGCUGUCGAUCUACGGGCGCUCCAGAGACGAGUGGGACAAACUGGCCAAGUGGGCCGUCAAACAUCAGGUCUACUCCACCAACGUGCGCUGGCUUGUGCAAGUGCCACGACUCUUUGAUGUCUACCACACGAAGAAACAACUGUGCAACUUCCAAGAGAUGCUGGAGAAUAUCUUUAUGCCUCUGUUUGAGGUGACAGUCAACCCCGGCAGCCAUCCAGAGCUGCACCUCUUCCUUCAGCAUGUUGUGGGUUUUGACAGUGUGGAUGAUGAGUCAAAACCAGAGCAACAUAUCUUCAACCUGGAUAGUCCGUUGCCAGUCAACUGGACAGAGGAGGACAACCCGCCCUAUUCCUACUACCUCUACUAUAUGUAUGCAAACAUGACUGUGCUGAAUCACCUGCGCAGGCAGCGGGGGUUUCACACGUUUGUCCUACGUCCUCAUUGCGGGGAGGCGGGGCCAAUCCAUCACCUGGUGUCUGGGUUCAUGCUGUCGGAGAACAUAUCCCACGGGCUGCUGCUCAGGAAGGCUCCCGUGCUGCAGUAUCUGUACUACCUGGCUCAGAUAGGCAUCGCCAUGUCCCCUCUCAGCAAUAACAGCCUGUUCCUCAGCUACCACCGUAACCCUCUGCCAGAGUACCUGUCCAGAGGCCUCAUGGUGUCUCUGUCCACAGACGACCCUCUGCAGUUUCACUUCACCAAGGAGCCCUUGAUGGAGGAGUACAGCAUUGCUGCGCAAGUGUGGAAACUGAGCUCUUGUGACAUGUGUGAGCUGGCCAGAAACAGUGUGCUGAUGAGCGGAUUCUCUAAUAAGGUCAAAAGCUACUGGCUUGGCCCAAACUACAUAAAGGAGGGACAGGAGAGUAAUGACAUCAGACGCACCAACGUUCCCGACAUCCGUGUGGCGUACCGAUACGAGACCAUGUGUGAGGAGUUAAAUCUAAUCACGCAGGCCAUCCGCACGGACGAGCUGGAGACCAUCGAGGAGGAGGGCAGUCUGUGUAUGGCAGCUGUGCAGGCAGAGAAGUGAACAUGCAGCACAACACAAACAAAAUUCUCACAACAUUCCCUGUUUUCACAUCAGGAUUUUGUACAGAUCAUAUCACACCUGUGAAAAGAGAAAAGCUUCGUCAUAAGACUGUGAAAGUCGCUACCGUGGCAAUAUGAGAGAGGACCUACAAUCUGUGUACCCAAGGUGUUUACUUCUUUUAGUUCCUUUGAGUCAUUCUUCGUUUCGUGGUGUCGUGGUGACCUCACAAUGUCUCUUGAUCUAUUUAUUUUUAAAUGAUUAUAUUUUCAUGGUAUGCAAACACAUUUUGUCAGAGUUUCUGUACAAAGUCGACAUUUCCUUUAAUAAGCCCUGAAGAAUAUUAACAUUAUUCUUCCCAUUAAUAAAACUUCUACACUGGAUCCAACACUGACCAAUAAUAAUAAUAAUAAUAAUAAGAAGACAAUUGGGAAAACAUUUUCAAAGUAAAAAGGCUCUUGACUACAUGCAGGGCUGUAGCUAACACUGAGAACACUGAGGUCAUGUUUGUGCUAUCUUUACGGGCAAACUGGAGGUUUUAGUUUUAGUUUACAUUCUACAACUAAUCACAUGGUGACUCUUGUACGCUGAUUCCAGUAUUUAUAAUCUUCACAUAUUCUAAAAUAAAAUGGUUACACACACAAACUGGUUCUUACAUAGAGAUUAGUUUCCCCUAAACAUUUACAUAGACUUUCACGUCUAACUUUUGUCUCACUAACUGAGCUAACUGGGAAAGCUAACGUCAGCUUGCUAAUAUUCCACUCAUUCUGAACUAUAUGACUUCUGCACACACCUUUAAAGGACAGGCAGUUAUAGAUUGUUUAAAAUAUUGUUGGAACAGUCAAGUACAGAUGUUUCCUAGAAACUGAUUUACACACUGCUUAGUUAGCUGUGACAUUUCGUAAGUUUUACUUGUGCAGCCUGACUUACUGAAUCACAAGUCUGAAACUAUCCAGAAGUUACUAUGAAUACAGGAACAACUAAGUAAUGGAUUGACAAACCCCCUCUGAGACUUAUUUUGGGUAUUGCUGGGAGUGGUGGGUGAGGCGGACUUCGACUGGUGACCUCAGUAUUUCUACAGUCCUGGCUACAUCCCUGACUACUUAACACAUCAUGAACUUUUGCAGCAAAAUCUGUUUCACAUGUCAUGCAGAAACCUUUAAAGAAUAUUCAUUGUCAAAUUAGGCUAGUGUUUCUAGUCAAAUUAGAAACACUACCUGAUUUUGUGUUUGGUACGGUUGGCAGUUUCUACUGUAAUCAUCCACAGGACAAUACCUCAUGCUGUAUAACUGGCAGACAGCGCCACAUCCUCAGUACUCCCACAGCUGCUCCUUGUGAUAUUCUUGUUGUUGGUUUUUUUUUGUUUUUUUACAGUCUUUACAUUGAUUCAGUAGAGUUGCAUGAAAGCACGUCAAUAUUUGUUUCUGGUGUGCAGUAAUGAUACUCCUUUGUAGCAUUACGUUAUUAUACUAACUCUUAUUUUGUGACAUUGUUUCUACAGAACUGUAACUCUGAUCUGAUACCAUCUGUUCUUUACACACAAGUAUUUAAAGUAUAAGCAUUUUUGAAUCAUAGUCCAGUGAAUGAUGCAUGAUGAUCCGUUCCGUUCCAAGGUCAACCAGUGCCAAAUCCAUGAAUAAUCUAUUUUUUAGAGAACUGAAAGUGGACUAACUUGACAAACCGGUUACAAUCUCCUGCCUUCAGUUUGGGUCCUGAUGUUCUAGUAGGGCUAUUUGUUGCUACUACAUGCCCCCCCCCCCCCCCCCCCCCCCCCCCCGAGAAUUAUAUGUGAUGUUUGUGAAAUAUUAUUUAAUAACAUGUGUGUCUAUGAAGAAUAAAUGUUGUUCACGUUGAAGUGCUUGCCUCCCUUCAGU